ACAUUAGUCAUAAUUUUAGCCGUUUUUACUAUUUCCACAUUUAUUCUAUUUGCAUCGGCAACUACAAAUGCCGAUGCUGUAAAAAUCGUUGAAACCUCUCUUGAAAAUUUGCCAGAAACUGGUGAACUCUGGGAAAUGGCCGCACAAAAUCCAAAAUCAACAUCCGAGGUCGAAAACUCCGACACUACCAUCAUCAAAGGUCCCGUCUUUGCUCCAGUUCAGUACAAAAGCACGGAUCUUCAUUAUAAAGCGCACAUCGUCUAUCCAUAUAAGUAUUGGCUUCGUAAAACUUUUGUGGGGUACAA